UCUCCAAAAUUCCAUUCCACUUCUCCUGCAUCGAUUAAACCAGAACCACAACUUGAUGGCUCCUUACAGAUGGACGCAACAGCGAUGUCCACUAUUCCUUCGCUUCAUCCCUUUUCUCUCAGCGUUCAAAGCACGCAAUUAGACGAAUCAUGCCGCUAUAUGCUUAGCCCAUCCUUUGGCUUAACAUUGGAAGAUAUGGAAUUGAUCAAAAAACAUAUGAAAGCUAACGGAAGUUUUGGCGAAUCACAGGAGGUUUCAUAUAAAUGGCUGGUUGAUAAUAUAACCAUUCUCCACUGUUUGAUCCCUCAAAGCGGAAACAAUCUUGAGCACCUUAUUGGCAAAGAGUACCUAUAUGUAAAAGAUGCUUUGUUGGCGCUGAAUCUACUUUCUCACUACGGUAUCAUCACAGCCGAGGAGUUGGCGUCAUCAGAUGAUGCCAAACUUCUAAUGGCAGUGCGUAACUCCGAGUUUUUAUGUGGUAGAAAAAUCAUGAACUUUUUCGUUUAG